AUGGCGGAAGGGGUGCUGCGGCGGCCGGCCGGCCAGCCCGCCGAGCUCGUCGCGUGCAACAUGGAGAUCUCGGCCUGUGCAAAGGAGGCACAGUGGCAAGUGGCUCUGCAGACCUUGGCCGAGCUGCCCCGGAGGUUCUUGCAGCCCAGCGCGGUCUCGUACAAUGCGACCAUGAAGGCCUGCCAAGGAGCGUCAGAGUGGCAGCUUGCAUUGGCUUUGUUGGCAGAGCUUUGUCGAGGCGGACUGCAAGCAACGCAGAUCUCUUUCAGCACGGCAAUUAGUGCCUGUGAGGGGCUUUCGCAGUGGCCCCUGGCACUUGAGCUGCUGGGCUGUCUCGCUGCGACCGACCUGGAGCCGAAUCGGAUCCUCUGCAAUGCGGCUACAGGUGUCUGUGCAACUGGGCAUGCCUGGGACGAGGCUGUGGAGCUGACAAAGGUGAGCAUGCUGAAGCAGAUUCGCCCCGACAGCUUUACCUGCACAGUGAGCCUGGGCUUCGAUUCCCGGGGACCCUGGCCGAAAGCGCUGCAGGUCUUGUCGUUCAACCUGGACCAUGCAGUGGAGCUCGGCGUGAUCUCGUACAACGCCGUCAUCAACGUUGUGGCAGCAUGGGGCAGAUGGCGAGUGGCACUCCUGCACGCGCGGCAGCUUGAGGAGGGCCUCCUUCGUCCCAGUAUGGCAACACUGCAUGCUGCAAUGAAGGCGUGCCAGCAAGCGGGCAGAUGGCAGCGCGUUCUCCAGUCCCUGCACCGGUUGCACCAGCAGGGCCACCAGUGGGACCUCGUCUCCUUUGGAACUGCUGCUGGAGGCUGCGGAUCUGGGCGCUGGGCGCUUGCAGCGUCCCUGUGCAGUCUGCAGAAGGCCAUGCUGCGCUCCAGCGGUGUGGUGAGCAGCGCCGCGCUGAGUGCAGUCGCCAACACCGGACCCUGGUCUGAGGCGCUGCUGUGCUUUCGAGCUCUGCUCUUCGCAGGAAUCCAGAUCCAAUCCUCUUCGUUUGUGGACCUCUUGUCCGGAGUUGCUGCUGGCAGUUGGCGGCUGGCCGUGCAUCUUGCUCCACCUGCUGAGCUUGGGAAUGUCCGUGGGCUCCUGGCUCUGCUCGGUGCCUUCGCUCAUCAGGAGCUCUGGGCUGAUGCCAUGGCAUGGCUGCACUGGGCUUCUGCCUCUGCCCCUCGCGAGGUGUCGCUGGUCUGCUGCAAUGCAGCGUUGAGUGCUUGCGAGAAGGGCGGUGCGUGGCGGAGAGGGUCCUGCCUGCUGGCCCAGCUGCCCAGCUGCCGUCUCCAUGCCACGGUCGUCACCUUCAGCUCCGCGGUGAGCGCCUGCGAGAAGCGAGCCGAAUGGGCGGAGGCACAACUCCUCCUGGCGCGGCUUCGCGAAGAUGGGCUGGAGCCCAACGAAGUGACCUACUCGGCCAUGACCAGUGCCUGUGGCAAGGGCAAGCAAUGGCAGCAGGCAGGAGUGGUCUUCAGCACCUUGCUUGCUGGCCACUUCGAGGUCAGCUUGAUCGCCUACAACGCAGCCCUCGCCGCUUGCGAGAAGCGCCAGCAGUGGCAGCCAACGCUGAAGCUCCUCUCGCAGCUGGCGAGCAAGGCACUCCUUCCUGACCGGAUAUCCUACGAUGCAGUUCUGAGUGCUUGUUGUGGUGCGCUGACCUGGCGACGAGUGCUCCACCUUUUCGAGGGGAUCCUGCGUCGGAGAGUGGAGGUCGAUUUGAUGGCGUACAAUUCAGCUCUCAGCGCCUGCGAUGCUGGUGGCACAUGGGAAACGGCUCUCCUUCUCAUCGAGAGGCUGAGCGCCGAGGGCUUGGAGCCUUCCGUGGUCUCCUACACCGCGGCUGUGGCCGCGUGUCGGAGUUCGGCUUGGAGGAUGGCGCUGAUGCUCCUGGACUGUGCGGCGACGGCCGGCGUCCAAAGCAAUGCGGUGACCUACCAAGCGGCCAUGGAAGCCUGCGAGAAGAGUGCGCUGACACGGCCCUGGCUGCCCUUGGCGACGCAACUUCAGAGCCAAGCCCUCCGCGCCUGCCUCCUCCUGGGGCUUUAG